AAGAUUCUUCUUCAAAGCUAUGGGAACCCGAGGAGUUAUCGGAGAUAAGUGGUCUAUGAGGAUUCUAUGGGCCUGUGCAAUCGGAAGUGCAAUUGGCCUGUAUAUGGUUGCUGUAGAAAGACAGCAGCAGAACAGGGACCGAAUGAUGGCCGAAAGUUUGAAGGCCAUGGAAUCCGCAGGUGGUGGUGAGUAAAGCUUUGAAUGUUGGCAUAAAUUACGCUUAAACAACUUGUUAAAGAGCUUCCCCAACAUUUUUGAUUGGAGGGAUAUUUUCUCAUUUGGU